UUGACUAUAUAAGUGACUAGAUGCGGCGUUGCAAUUCAUUCGAACGGAACGGUUCGUAGAACAGCGAAGUCUAAGUCAGAGAAAUGAUUUUGAAAGUGUGCACACUGUUGUUGGUGUUCAGUGCCGCUGCUUUGGCAGGAGAAUCCUACGAUGGGUACAAGAUUUACGACAUCAAUGCGCGCAACGACUUUGAGAAGCAGCUGCUGUUGCACCUGCAGAACAACGCCGACUUGGAUUUCUUCGAUCUGCCACGCGCCCUCAACAAGCCGGCUCGUGUGAUGGUGCCACCCAGCAUGCAUGUGGAGCUUGAGAAGAUAUUGCGUCAAUUUCACCUGCAAUUCGAGCUGGUCAACGAUGACUUUGGUGCCACUUUGAAACGCCAGCAAUUGGAGAACCAGAGCCAACGUUUGAUUGUGCCACGCGACCAGAGCCGUGGCGUCAGCUUCACAGCGUUCCUCCGACAUGCCGAAAUCAAUGCCUAUUUGGACGAGUUGGCUAGGACCUACCCCAGUCGCGUGACUGUCCAGGUAGCAGGAAAAUCGUAUGAAGGUCGCGAUCUGAAGACCAUCACCAUUACCAAUGGCGAUGGCAAUGCCAAUAAGAACGUCAUCUUCUUGGAUGCUGGUAUUCAUGCCCGUGAGUGGAUUGCUCCCGCCGGUGCCUUGUACGUCAUUCAGCAACUGGUUGAGAACUUUGUAUCAAACGCGGCUUUGCUUAAGAACUACGAUUGGGUAAUUCUGCCCGUGGUUAAUCCCGAUGGCUAUGAGUACACCCAUACCAACACUCGCAUGUGGCGUAAGACCCGCAAGCCCGUGACCAGCUCCUGCUACGGCACUGAUGGCAAUCGCAACUUCGAUUACCACUGGGGUGAGGUUGGUGCCUCCACUUUAUCCUGCGCCGACACCUACAGAGGCCAGUCCGCCUUCUCAGAGCCCGAGACUCAAAUCGUGCGCGACCUUCUGCUCAGUCUGACUGGUCGCGGCAAGUUCUACCUGACGCUGCAUUCCUAUGGCAACUACUUGCUCUAUCCUUGGGGCUGGACUUCCGAACUGCCCAGCUCUUGGACCGAUCUGGAUGAGGUUGCCAAGGCUGGCGCGGCAGCCAUUAAGUCCGCCACUGGCACUGCCUACACCGUGGGCAGCUCCACAAAUGUGCUUUAUGCCGCAGCAGGUGGCAGCGAUGAUUAUGCCUUUGCCGUUGCCAAGUUCCCCAUUUCCAUCACAAUGGAACUGCCUGCAGGAGGCAGUGGCUUUGAUCCCACAACUGCACAAAUCAAGCCAUUCGUCGAAGAAACUUGGCUGGGCAUUAAAGCCAUGGCUGAGAAGGUUAUUCAAAAGUACUAGGGAAUUAGAAGCGGAAAACCAAAGAAAUAAACGAAUCCACUGCUAUAUUUUAUACCUAACCUA